AACGAUGUACCAAAUUUAUUUUGCUGCACAAAGGUGUCCCGUCAAUGGUGUUCUGUUGCUGCCAUUUGAGAAAAGUUUUAUUUGAAUUAUUUCGCAUUAAAUCCGAUUUAGGAUGGCUGAGUGCAUAGACGAUUUGUUCGAAUGCUUCGAAAAACCUGAAGACGAUCUGCCUAUUGAGAAAGAGGCCGAUGCGACCACGUUAAAUGAGAGCGUUUCAUCUAGCCCUCAACAAUCCACCCCAACUUCUUGCAAACGGGAAUAUGACGGGGUGGAAGAAGUUUGUGUCAAGAAGAUUAAGACCGAAGAAGUGAACGUUGAUGAUAUCAACUUCGAGGAAUUGAAGAACAGAAUAAUAGUCCAUAGCAUUGAUACUUUGGACUCUUGCACUCAUGAAGUUGCAUGUCCACCUGGUCAGCCGUAUGCUCCUUUGGAACCUCGUACUGGAGAGCCAGCAAAAGUAUACCCAUUCACAUUGGACCCUUUCCAAAAAGAGUCCAUUUUAUGUGUGGAUAACAACCAAUCAGUUUUGGUGUCAGCUCAUACGUCUGCAGGCAAAACUGUAAUAGCUGAAUACGCUGUUGCGAAGUCGCUAAUAAAUAAACAGAGAGUUAUUUACACGACUCCAAUUAAAGCGUUAUCGAAUCAGAAAUAUCGUGAGUUUCUGGAAGAAUUUAAGGAUGUAGGUCUAGUCACAGGGGAUGUUACCAUUAAUCCUAGUGCAUCGUGUCUUAUUAUGACCACAGAGAUCUUACGAAACAUGCUGUAUAGAGGUUCAGAAAUAAUGCGCGAAGUAGGUUGGGUGAUAUUUGACGAGAUUCAUUACAUGCGAGACAAAGAGCGUGGUGUGGUCUGGGAAGAAACACUAAUUUUACUGCCACACAAUGUUCAUUUUGUGUUUCUAUCGGCUACAAUUCCGAAUGCUAGACAGUUUGUGGAAUGGGUAGCGCAUUUGCAUCAGCAGCCAUGCCAUGUGGUUUACACUGAGUAUCGACCCACACCGUUACAGCAUUUCAUUUAUCCUGCCGGCGGAUCUGGUAUUCAUAUGGUUGUGGAUGAAUCGGGAGUUUUUAAAGACGACAGUUUUAAUGCUGCUAUGGCGGUUUUGCAAAAUGCUGGAGAUGCCGCGAAAGGGGAUUUAAAAGGCCGGAAGGGAGGCAUUGCUGGCAAAGAUCCGACCCAAUCUGAUAUAUUCAAGGUGGUAAAGAUGAUUAUGGAGCGGAAUUUCGCGCCCGUAAUUGUCUUCAGUUUCAGUAAAAAGGACUGCGAAUUAUAUGCGAUGCAAAUGACAAAACUCGAUUUUAACACCUCCGCAGAAAAGCAACUAGUAGACGAAGUAUUUAAAAACGCUAUGGAUGUGCUGUCUGACGAAGACAAAAAUUUGCCACAGGUUGAAAAUAUCCUUCCGCUCCUUCGCAGAGGAAUAGGCAUCCAUCACGGAGGUUUAUUGCCCAUAUUGAAGGAAACGAUCGAAAUCAUGUUUGGCGAAGGAUUGAUCAAAGCCCUCUUUGCCACAGAAACUUUCUCCAUGGGCUUGAACAUGCCCGCCAGAACUGUUCUGUUUACUGGCAUGAAAAAGUUCGAUGGACAAGAAAUGCGAUGGAUAACUUCUGGGGAAUACAUUCAAAUGUCUGGAAGAGCAGGCAGAAGAGGUUUGGAUGACAAAGGUAUAGUAAUGUUGAUGGUGGACGAAAAAGUACCUCCAUCUGUCGGUAGAGACAUUGUGAAGGGAUUGCCAGAUCCAAUAAACUCAGCUUUCCAUUUAACGUACAAUAUGGUUCUAAACUUGCUGCGAGUCGAAGAAAUCAACCCGGAAUACAUGUUGGAAAGGUCAUUUUUUCAGUUUCAGAACCAAACAAAUAUUCCCAUAUUACAUGGAAAUUAUCUGGCAAAGUUGGCAGAAUAUAACACGUUUGAAGUCAAAAUGGAAGAUGAAAUUUCGGUCUACUAUGCAAUAAGGCGGGAGCUGGACUUUUUAGGGGCUAAGUUUAGAAAGUAUAUUACAAUGCCCAAAUAUCUUAUCCCAUAUAUGCAACCUGGUCGGCUUAUUAAGAUCAAAUCUCAAGAUGCUGAGUACGACUGGGGUGCUAUUGUCAACUUUAAAAAGUCUCAAGAAAUCCAAACUUCACGAGUCGGAGGUAGAGUUAAAUCAAAAGGAACGACCAAAGUUCUUCUUGAUGUUCUCCUGCACGUCAUCCCCGAUGAUGGUGACUCUAAGGAUAACACUAUUCCGAAGCCCUGUUUGGAUAGUGAGAAAGGAGAAGUCGAAAUAGUGUGUGUCGAUUCGCAAUUUGUAACGCACAUUUCGCAAGUGCGUCUUUUAUGCCCUCCCGAUUUGAGGUCCAAAGAUGACCGAAAAAGCAUGUUCAAAGCAAUCAAGGAAGUUAAAAAGCGAUUUCCUGAUGGUCCUCCAUUGCUAAAUCCGGUUAAAGACAUGAAGAUUCAAGACUCUGAAUUUUUAGACGUUGUUAAAAAAAUUGAAAUCAUGGAGAAAAAACUUUACGACCAUCCUCUACAUAAAAGCGAGUUGCUGGAUACCGAAUACGACAAGUAUGAAAAGAAAAUAAUUGUAGAAGUGCAAUUGGACGAAGCUAAACGAAAACUAUUGGAGGCUAAAUCAGUUUUACAACUUGACGAAUUAAAGUACCGGAAAAGGGUGCUAAGGCGAUUGGGAUAUUGUUCCAAUGCGGAUGUGAUCCAGUUGAAAGGCCGAGUAGCCUGCGAGUUAAGCAGUGCUGAUGAAUUGUUGAUCACCGAAAUGUUGUUCAACGGUCUUUUCGUAAAUUUGACUCCUCAUCAAGCGUGUGCUUUACUGAGUUGCUUUGUCUGCGACGAAAGAAGCAACGAAGCCCCCAAACUGUCAGAAGAAUUGUCGGGACUUCUGAGGCAAAUGCAGGAUUUGGCUCGGAGAAUAGCGAAAGUAAGCACAGAAGCGCGAUUACCGAUUGAUGAAAGUAAAUACGUGGAGCAGUUUAAACCGUUCCUAAUGGAUAUAGUAUUUGCGUGGUGUAACGGAGCGUCUUUUGCUCGAUUAUGCGGUAUGACCGAAAUCUUUGAGGGGUCCAUUGUGAGAUGCAUGCGACGUUUGGAAGAAUUAUUAAGGCAAAUGGUGCAGGCCUCAAAAACUAUCGGCAAUGUCGAAUUGGAAGACAAGUUCAAUCAUGCCAUUAAGCUAAUUAAGAGGGAUAUAGUGUUUUCAUCUAGCUUGUACUUAUAGUGAAGUUUACAUCGGUUAAAUGUGGGCAAAAUUUGCAGUUUUAUUUUGAAUAUAUGAAUUGUUCUUUUACAGUG